AUGGUUAAACCGCGUGUUGCUAUUAUCGGAGCCGGUUUAGCAGCCCUAAAACAAUGCCUCGAUGAUGAUUUGGAUCCAAUAUGUUUCGAACAAACAUCUUACGUAGGAGGUCUUUGGAAUUUUGUUGAAGUUGAUGACGAAAAUAAGGAUCCACAUCCAUCAGCUUAUAAAAGCCUAAUUAUCAAUACUUCUAAAGAAACGGUGUUUAAAUAUGUUACUUCUGUAAAUAAAGAUCAAACUAGUGAACAUGAAGAAAUAUUCGACUUUGUUAUGGUUUGUAAUGGGCACCAUAGGAAACAUAGGUGGCCAAAAUAUAAAGGGAUGGACGAAUUUAAGGGUCCCCAUCCGCCGUCUCUCGAACCAACCACUCCAGUCUUUUCUUCACAUCCAACCGUAAAAUCAGAUUUUUUCGAACGCCUUAGUACCGGAACUAUUAUUAUAAAAAAAAAUAUUUUAGAAUUAAUGCCUGACGAAACAAAGUCAAUUAAAUUUGUUGAUGGUUUUAUUGUGGAAAAUAUUGAUACAGUAAUUUAUGCGACUGGGUAUCAUAUAGAUUUUCCCUUUUUAGAUAGAGAAAUUGUUAAUGGUGGUCCAGAAAUUGAACAAGAAUUUGAAGAUGAAUAUAAAGAAAAUUUAGCAUGGAUGUAUAAGAUGAUGUUUCCGCCAAAUUAUCGUAAUAUCGCGUUUAUUGCUCGUUAUGCGACAAGUUUGAUCAAAGGUUUCAUUAAUCCACUUCCAUCACCUCAGGAAAUGAAUAUUGCGAUUAGAAAUUAUCAGGAAAAAAUCAGAAAGCAAUACUACUCAUCAGCAAGACAUACAAUCCAAGUUGAUUUUCUUGAAUACCUUGAUGAAUUGAGUCAAGAAUUAG